AUGGAGCGCAGCGCUGUUGAUGGCGCCAGCGGACCGAGCCCCGCCCGCAGCGGCUACGCCAGCCUAUUGACUAUCGGCCUCCCAACCGUCUUACUCCUAGCAUACAUAGCGCGCGUCGCGUUGCAGUGGUACCGCCUAUCGCACAUCCCCGGGCCUUUUUUCGCGUCGAUUUCUAGUCUUUGGAUGGUGAAAGAGUCGCUCAGCGGCCGACUAGCAUACUCAACGAAAGAAUUGACAGACAAAUAUGGCCCGUUGGUGCGCGUCAGCCCAACCGAGCUGGUUACCAGCGACACAGACAUCGUGCGCCGGACAACGGCGGUGCGAUCGGAAUACACACGAGGGCCAUGGUACAAUGCGAUGAAAUUCGAGCCCGGACGGAACAACUUGUUUUCGAUGCGCGAUGAGGUUGGGCAUACGAAGCUGAGAGCUAAGAUGGCCGCGGGGUACUCGGGAAAAGAGAAUGAAUCCAUGGAGGGCACUGUUAAUAAGCAGGUUGCUGCAUUCAUCGAACUGAUUGAUACAAAGUACAUUUCUUCGGGUACUGAAUACCGGCCCAUGGAUUUCUCACUCAAGGCGCAGUACUUCACUCUAGACGUCAUCAGCGCAUUGGCAUUCGGAAAGCCAUUUGGGUACCUAAAGCAAGAUGAGGACCUUCACGAUUACAUCAAAAUCACUACCGCGUAUAUUCCCUUCAUGGUAACUCUCGGAAGUGUACCUUGGCUGGCUGAUCUGUUGCAUUCGCGGCUGAUGAGGGGUCUCCUUCCGAAAGAGAGUGACAAGCUUGGUUUUGGAGCUUUCAUCAAUGUCGCAAAGAAUGUAGUUGCGGAGAGAUUUGCACCUGGGGCGAAGUCGCAAUCCGACAUGUUGGGGUCGUUCAUCCGUCAUGGUCUUACACCGGAAGAAGCGUCAAGCGAAGCGCUUCUUCAGAUUGUCGCGGGGAGUGAUACUUCAGCGUCUACGAUCCGUGCUGUGAUACUCUAUCUGCUGGCAAAUGCGUCUGCCUAUAAAAAGCUACAAGCUGAGAUCGACAACGGCAUCGCUAAUGGAACCAUAUCGUCACCAAUCACCGACGCUGAGGCAAGACGUCUACCCUACCUUCAAGCAUGUAUCAAAGAAGGCUUGCGCAUUCUACCCCCGGCCACCGGCGGAAAUUUCAAAUCUGUUCCUCCAGGUGGUGAUGUCCUUGCAGGCAAAUUCAUCCCUGCAGGAACUCAGAUCGGGUCUUCGCACCUUAGCAUCCAGCAUUCGACAGCCACAUUUGGACCAGACGCCGAACUCUUUAGACCAGAGCGCUGGAUCGAAGCCUCGGGGGAUCCUGCACGUCUUGCAAACAUGGCUAGUACAGUUGAGCUUGUCUUUCACAACGGAAGGUACAAGUGCUUGGGUCAAAAUGUUGCAUUGAUGGAAUUCAACAAGGUGUUUGUUGAGCUGCUGAGGAAGUUUGACUUCUCGACCGUGAAGCCACACAUGGCGGCGAGGAUGAGUUGUGCGGGAAUAUGGAUCAUGGAGGACUUUUUUGUAAGGGUUACACGACGUACAGAAUGA